CGCAGCCCCACACCACUCGCUGGAGGACACAUCCCACUGCACCGUAACAAAGUGCCAUACAACUACUAGACCUACAAAAAGCAAGAGUGCUAAACUGACAAUUGCUGUGAACAAAUAAAACCACUAGACUAGCCCCCAAGCUUCAUCUGUAAGGCUUCCGGUAGAUAGAGUAUAAAACCACCACUUACAGUCACUGUGUAUACAGACUAAAUUAGUUCAAGAUGACCUCUCUGCUAAGAACGGCAGUGUACUUACUACUGUUAACAGAGCUGUUUCUAGCUAACCAUGGUGCAGCUCAAACUACAGCUGAAGUGAUUCCUCAAUGCUCUACUGGAUUCCCAGCCGUUGACUCUCUCCAACCAAGUGCAGAUCUCACUGAGAUAGCUCCAGAUUCCGGGACACAAGAUGGAAUACAAGUCAUUGCUCCAGGAAUAAAGUUUGAGUGCAAUGGGCAAAUCACAGAAUGGAAUGCUCUAGUCACUGUUGAAGAUUACAACACCGGUCUAAUACUUACCCACCUAUUAUAUCUCCAAGUUUGGAGGCCAAGUCAAGAUUUUGAUGGAAAAUUUGAUCUAGUUGGGUCUAACCUGUUAAAGUAUCGCCCUCGAACUGAAACAGUGACACCUGAUAAUUCCAACAUCACAUUCGCAACGCUCACUAGUCAAAUUUCUGAAAACGAACAAAUUCAAUUCCAACCAGAUGAUGUACUGGGCUGGUACAGUCCACAAGCACAAAGACUUACACAAGGUUUUGGUGUAGCCUUGCAUAGCAACGAAUCAAGCUCAGAACUGCUUAUCAAAGUGUUAUCAAACGAUCCCUGUGAGCUGUAUACAUGCGAUGAAGAAGUCCAACAACAAUCGUCUCUCCCACUCAUUACUCUGCAGUAUGAACCAACUAAUGCCUCGUCCAGUGUUUCCCCUAAUAAUCUGACGUGCACAGAAGAAAUCUCUCUCCCUGCAUCAUGUGUUGACUCCACUACCCCCGGCAACACCUCACCACCCACACCACUACCAACCAUGCCGAGGGCUACCACUACACCCACCUAUCUCUAUAUUGUUGCUGGUGUGGUACCUGGUGCUGUCAUCAUCCUUGUGGCCAUUGUCGUGUUUAUAGUGUGCCUCAAGUGCCACAAGAGUGAGAGGAAAUGUAGCAACUGCUUCAAUAGCAUCACCAAGAGUGAGCAUAACCCAAACUAUUCUUCUACCUACGCUGAUCCUGAUGACUUUAUUCGACUGCGUCAACCACCAACGAAACUUCCUCCUCAGAAUAGCAUGUUCUUUAACAACACAGGGGAUUCCCCCAUCCCCCAUACACCUGUGGGAUUUACAGAAUACGAGACUGACGGCCAUAACCACACCACCACGUACCAAGCCAACGGAGAGAACCAUAUCUACCACGAGUUAGUCAAGACGCCGGAACCACCACCUCUGCCAGAUAGGACAUCUUUCGGCUCUUUCAAGAAGACUGCCUCUCUGAGAUUUUCCAUUCAUUCUAUAAAUCAGUUCCCGUACACUAUGCCCAACACGCCAGCCCCCAGCUGCCCCUACAUAGAGGCAGUGCCCACCGUGGGAGGAGGUCAACCAUACACACCUCAGGACACACCACCGAGCAGUGCCAGUGAUGUGUCUCAAGGGAAGUUAACAAUGAGAAAACUGUUCCAUUCUCUGGACGAUGAGGGACUCAGAGUACCCACUGCAGAGGAGAGAGAGUUGUAUGAUGAUACACGAGUGGAGGAGCUCUACUCAAAGCUACACCGCCCUGGCACCAAGGUUCGUGACAGCAGAGACGAUACUUUCUUUGAUCAGUCUGACAUAUACUGGGAACCCUCCCACUCGUCCUCAGAGCUGUUCAAUCAGCUGGCAAAGAGAAAAUAUAGAGAGAUCAAGAGAUCUGAUAUUAGAACUCUAGAUGCACUGGGAGGAGGUCACUUCAGUUCAGUGCACCGUGGUGUCUGGGAGGUUCCUGGGGGGAGCGUGGAGGUGGCCGUCAAGAGACUCAAAUCAAAAGCCUCUGAGACAGACAAAGUCAAGUUCCUCCAGGAGGCGGCCAUCAUGGGCCAGUUCCUACAUCCCAACGUCAUUAAACUACAAGGAGUGGUCACCAUCGGAGAACCAGUCAUGAUUGUUCUGGAGGUCAUGCCCAAAGGUGAUCUCAAGAAUUUUGUCAGAAGUUUGAGAUCAAAGCCCAAACCUGACGACCUCCCCAACAUGUUCGUGCGGUUCUGUCGAGAGGUUGCAUUUGGUAUGAACUACUUGUCCAACAAAGGCUACGUGCACAGAGACCUGGCAGCCAGGAACAUACUGCUCACUGAGGACCUCACUUGCAAGAUUGCUGAUUUUGGAAUGGCUCGGGAUCUUGACGUGGACCAUAUCUAUCAAUCUCAGGGAGGGAAGAUCCCCAUUAAGUGGACUGCUCCUGAGGGCCUCAAGCACAGACAAUACAGCUCAGCCAGUGAUGUGUGGGCCUAUGGCAUGUGCCUGUUUGAGAUAUGGACUCUAGGACGCAAACCCUACGAGGGCACAUCCACUGAUGAGCUUAUGAACUUUAUGGAGAGCUUUCACUGUCAGACCCCUCCCCCUGGGACCCCCCGCGAAGUCUACAGACUCAUGGUCCAAUGCUGGCAUCCAGUACCAACCUCACGACCUCGUUUCUCUGAGGUAUGCACAUUCCUCAACUCAACGGACGAGGUCCUCUUGAACUGGAGUAUUGCUGACAAGGCAAUCGGUGCAAGAGUGAUGGAGAUCGGAGCCUCCCUAUCUGAGGGUAACAAUCUGUACCUUGACCUCCAGUACAUGUACUCCAGCAGCAAUCAAGACACUAGUGUCAACAUCACUGAUGUGUGAUGCAUAUACAUGUAUCACUUAUGUUACUUUUAUACAUAGUUAAUUGCUUCAUUUUUAGAUCACUUAUCAAGCUCAUGCAAUCAUAAUCAUGCAUGUAUACUUUUCAUUGUGUGUGUGUGUGUGUGUGCGUGUGCGUGCGUGUGUGUGGUGUGUGCAAAUAACCAUGAUUUCUCUUAUAAUUUUAUUAUAAAUAUACACAAUUCUUGCUUAAUCGAAUUCUCUAUCUUAAAAGUGAUGAUGAUUAUUAUCUACUGAAUUGAACCAUCGAAGGCCACUAUACACAUUCCAAAUUAAUGAUAUUCAUAUUCCAA